AGGCCGCGGGCGGGCUCAGGGCAUGGGGCCGCGGCUCUGGGGCAGCCCGAGCCCCUGCUCCUCUUCUUUUCCCUUCGCCAGGAGCCUGAGUCCCCGGACGCCGCGGGACUGGAGUGCCAGCCGGUGUUGGAGGCGGAGCAGCGACGCCGCCCCGCAGAGACCGGGCCCUCUGGCCCAGCAGCCCCUGUCCCAGCACGGUGGACUUUUUCCGGACCCCAGUCAGUUGGGGGUUCUGGCGCCCCGCAUCCCCGGACUCUCUGGCCCCUGCACCGCCUCUUCAGCUCAGAAGCUCAGGUCACCUCCAGCCCAGGUUGACCUGGGAGGGUGACUCCCCUCGGUUCCCAGCACUAUGCCGGGCACUGUGGCGACACUGCGGUUCCAGCUACUGCCCCCCGAGCCAGAUGACGCCUUCUGGGGUGCACCCUGUGAGCAGCCCCUGGAGCGCCGGUACCAGGCGCUCCCAGCCCUCGUCUGCAUCAUGUGCUGUCUGUUUGGAGUCGUCUACUGCUUCUUUGGUUACCGCUGCUUCAAGGCAGUGCUCUUCCUCACGGGGUUGCUGUUUGGCUCAGUGGUAAUCUUCCUGCUGUGCUACCGGGAGCGGGUGCUAGAGACACAGCUGAGUACCGGGGCCAGCGCAGGCAUUGCUCUGGGUAUCGGGCUGCUCUGCGGGCUGGUGGCCAUGCUGGUGCGCAGCGUGGGCCUCUUCCUGGUGGGACUGCUGCUCGGUCUGCUGCUUGCUGCUGCCGCCCUGCUGGGCUCUGCACCCUACUACCAGCCAGGCUCCGUGUGGGGCCCACUGGGGCUGCUGCUGGGAGGCGGCCUGCUCUGUGCCCUGCUCACACUGCGCUGGCCCCGCCCACUCACUACCCUGGCCACCGCUGUGACUGGUGCUGCGCUCAUCGCCACCGCUGCUGACUACUUUGCUGAGCUGCUGCUGCUGGGGCGCUAUGCAGUGGAGCGGCUGCGGGCCGCCCCCGUGCCCCCACUUUGCUGGCGGAGCUGGGCCCUGCUGGCACUCUGGCCCCUGCUCAGUCUGAUGGGCGUCCUGGUGCAGUGGCGGGUGACGGCCGAGGGGGACUCCCACACAGAAGUGGUCAUCAGCCGGCAGCGAAGACGUGUGCAGCUGAUGCGAAUUCGGCAACAGGAAGAGCGCAAGGAGAAACGGCGGAAGAAGAGACCCUUGCGGGCCCCCCCAAGAGGUCCCCGGGCUCCUCCAAGGCCCGGGCCCCCCGACCCUGCUUAUCGGCGCAAACCGGUGCCCGUCAAACGCUUCAAUGGAGAUGUCCUCUCUCCGAGCUACAUCCAGAGCUUCCGGGACCGGCAGACAGGGAGCUCAUUGAGCUCCUUUAUGGCCUCACCCACUGAUACAGACUAUGAGUAUGGGUCCCAGGGGCCGCUGACGGCCUGCUCAGGCCCUCCUGUGCGAGUAUAGCAGGACAGAUGCUCCCCACCUGCUUAGACUCUUGUUACCAGCUCUGCCGGACUGGCCCUGUGGCCCUUGGCUGUCCCUCUCCCUAGACUGGAGAGGAUUGGCCUGGCUGCAAGAAGGAAGACCAGUCCCAGGCGAGGCCUGGCCAGAGGUGACAGCCCCCUCUAAAGCUCCUGAGGGGCUCCCGAGGGAUGUGGGGUGUGAGCCCCACUGGGGUGUGCUCAGGGUUCUUAGUGUGUUGCCUGUGUGUGUGUGUGUGUGGAGAGGGUGGGCUUGGAGGGGACACUGGGACCCUUGCCUUAGAUUUCUGAUUGGUAGGGCCUCUCCAAAGUUGGCCUGCCUCCUCUCCCCCUCUGGGGGCCAUGGGCCACUCUCCUGCAUGUCUAUGUGGAGGAGACCUGCCUUCCCCCCACUAUCUCCCACCUCUCAACCAGACUCUCCAUCUAGGGGUUCUCGUCCUUGUCCAUGGGACAAAACUGCAGCACUCCUCACCUGAUCCUGUCCUCUGCAAAGCUACCAGUCCCAGAGGGCAGUGGCAGGGGAUGGGUGUGGGGGUUGCUGCUCUGGGCUGGGCUGGGGAGGGGGGCUGGAGGGAGAAGGGUUCAAGUGCACGGUGCAUGUUUGGUGUCUGUCGUGCCACCC